AUGUUGGUUUUUCGUUUAGCUGUAAUCAUCCAUCUUUUCCUUCAGCUGAAUGCAUCGGUUUGCCCUGAGAAAUGCGAGUGUAUUCUGAAAGAUGCCAUCCGUUGCUCUGGUUCCGGUAUCAAAGACCUAGCAUCGUUAGGUCUGCCUACCAACAUGACACAAAUUCUGAUAACAAAUACUAAGGCAACCGACUUGAAGGACAAAGUCUUUUCGGGAAUGACAGUGCUACAGCGUCUCAUUCUGUCUUCAAACCAGCUUUCCCUCAUUUUGCCAGGAGCUUUUAAAGGCUUAGUAAAGCUAAAGACCCUCAAACUGUUUGACAACAAGUUGACUCAGCUUCCCACAGGAGUGUUCGAUGAAAUGGUGGCCCUUCAGCAGUUGAUCCUUGAAAAGAAUUUGCUGAAGGAUAUUGCGCCCAGGCUGUUUGACAAACUAGUCAACUUGCAGGAGCUGUUUUUGAACAAAAACCAUCUGACAGAGCUUCCUGAUGGAGUACUAAGAAACCUCGCCAAGCUUAAACUACUGAAUUUAUCCAGAAACUAUUUGGCAGCCUUGCCUAGAAAUAUAUUUAGCACAUUAACCAAACUUGAGAAGCUCUCUCUGUAUAUGAACAGGCUCAGUUCAAUAGACUCUGGUGUGUUUGAUAACCUGAGAGAGCUGCAGGAGCUUCGUCUGCGUUCAAAUGACAUUCAGUCCAUUGCCCCGGGUGCAUUUCGCAAUCUCCUUAAACUAAAUAGUUUAACGCUCUCUCGAAAUAAACUGCAGCUGUUACCUCAUGGGCUCUUUCUGCAUUUGCACAAUUUGACUGAAUUGACCUUGUAUGGGAAUCCACUGGGAUCCCUUCCAGAAAUAUUGUUUGGAGAAAUUAGGACUCUCCGGAGUCUGUGGGUAUAUGACACCAAACUCUCAACUGUGCCAGAUUUUGUGUUUGGUAAUUUGACAAAUUUAGAGCUACUUGUGCUGACUUUCAAUCCCGAGUUAAGUGUUCUCCCAAGGAACGUGUUCAGUGGUCUAAAUGAACUUCUGAGUUUGUCUUUGCAUACAAAUAAUCUCUCUAGUCUCCCGGAGGGCAUCUUCCAGGGUCUGCAGAAACUUCAGGAGAUUUCCCUUUUCAAUAACAGGAUUGAGGUUCUUCCUAAAAACCUCUUUUAUAAUCUCAAUAAUCUCCAGGCAAUUUACCUAAAUUGUACCAGCCUGCAGUCUCUUCCUGGAGACUUCUUUACCUCGUUACCCAAGCUGCAAGAGGUCGUGCUUGACAACAAUCCUUGGAAAUGUGAUUGUCAAAUCGCUGAAUUCAAAGGGUGGCUCCAGAGGAAUUUAGACAUAGUAAAAAAUGUCACGUGCCUAACUUGUGACAGUCCCAUAGCAUUAAGGAAUAUUUCUCUCUUGUCUCUACCAGAUGAUCAUUUUCACUGCCCCUCUACCACAGUCCUUCCACACCACACAUCUGAGAGCUCCACUCGUUCCCACACAGCAUCUUUUCUGGUCACUGAACGCUUGCCUUUCACUUGGAAGACCCCCACAGCUCCUGUGCCUGUGAUACAUACGAACACCCCCUUGCCGCCUCCGUCUGCAACUCCAUAUUUUAUUGACUCCAUCACUGGAGACGUUGAGCCGUCUGAAUUUCACCCCACAGAAAUUCCAACCCAAAUUCCCACUGGCAUAAUGAGAGAAAUCAACAGAGUAAGAGAAAUUGUCUCAACUACUGCCGCACCGGUCAGUGGAUCACAAGACCGUCUAAGUGCGCGGCCAUUUUUUAAAUGUAACGUUCCAUAUAGUCAAAUAUUUUUGUAUCUCUAUGUUUUGGCUGUAACAGUCCAAGUUUUAACUGUUGUGACCACUUUCUAUGUGGUGUAUGAAGUCAGGCAGCUUGUGCACUGUAGCGAUAGCCCUGCUCAAUCCGUUGUACUGGUGAGAAUUUUACACAGGGUUAGGAAUGCAGAUUAG